AUGGGCCAACGCCAUACGGUCGCCACGUGUGCAGGCAUGAGGAAGCCCACACUCCCAGCCCACGUGAGCGGACAUGCAGAGCAUGCCGUGCGCCUGCAUGCGUGGGGGAAGGGCGAGGCGAGCAGGGGGCAGCCGGCAGUCUCCAGGCCCAGCGGGCAAGAAGGGGGAGGAGGCGACAAUGUGCAGGCCGAGCAGGUUGGGCAAGGGAGAGGUGGGGGAGGGGGAGGGGACGAUGGGAUUGGGGGGAGGAGGGGAGGAGGGGAGGAGGGAAUGUGGCGUGAGUGCAGCGUGUAUGGGAGCCUGUCGACAUGCAGUGAAGGAAAGGGAGAUGGGGAGGCUGACGGGAAGGGGGGGUGGGCAGGGGGAUGGGUUAGAGAGGAAGGGAAGGUGGGUGGGGAGGGGGAACAGGAGGGGGGUGGGGAGGGGGAUAGGCAGGUAACGAAGGCGGAUGGGAAGGGCAGUGGAGAGGAGGGGGAGGAGAGGGUGGGAUAUGAUGAGCGGAGAGGAAGCGGCGAGGGGCAUGGCGGUGAGGCGGUGAGGCGGUGA